AUGCGUGGGAUCCUCCUCUGUUGCCUUGUGGCUCUUGCCACAUGUCAAAGCAUCCGAUAUGAUCUCGCCCUGGACCCAAAGAAAACCUAUGAGUACAAAUACGAGGGAACGGUGAAUUUUGGACUUGGCAUGCCGAACUUGGCAGAGUCUGCUGCUAAAAUUUCAUGCAAGGUCAAGAUCUCUGGUGUGUCUGCACAAACAUUCAUCCUUCAGGUUUCAGAUCUGGUCUUCGAGGAGUUCAAUGGCUUCCUGGGGAAAAACGCCUUCACUGCCUCCCCAAAGCUCUCCCAGCUUAUCACUGCCCAGCUUGUCAAACCCUUCAUGUUCGACUAUACUAGUGGACAUGUUGGUGACAUCCGAGCCUCGGCUGAGAUAUCAGACAGUAUCGUCAAUAUUGUUAGGGGGAUAUUGGGUUUCUUCCAGGUCACUGUGAAGACCACACAGAAGUACUACGAGCUUGAAGAGAUUGGCAUCCAUGGAAAGUGUCAGAGCACCUAUGUUACUGAGGAGAACCUGAAAACAAAGGACAUGACCAUCACUCAUGUUGUGGAUAUUAAUAACUGCAAAGAGAAAGCAGCCAUCUACAGGGGAAUGGCUACUGCUGUUUUGGACAAAGUCGCCAAACAGAGGGGGGAAUCUGUCAUUUCAAUAGUGAGAUAUGUUUACACACUCAAACCAACAGCAGAGGGAGGUCUCAUUACUAAGGCUCAGGGCUUGGAGCAGCAGCACUUCAGUCCCUUCAAUGUGAAGGGCGGCAAUUUCAAGAUGCAAGCCGUGAAGGAAAUAGAGCUGCUCGGUGUGAGUGACACAGCUGAAGCCCUCACGUUUGGACCCAUGGAAAGCAAGGGCAGCCUUAUUUACAAGUUUGUGGAUGCAGAAUCUGAUGUCCCCAUUAUGAUGCAAAACCUACAGGACCCAGUACCAAAGGUCAUCGCCUUGGUCAAGAAACUGGCUGAAGCUAAUAAAUAUGACAUUGACAGUGCAUCAACUGAGGAUGUGUUGAAGGCGUACCAACUUCUGCGAGUGACAGAUUAUGAAGGACUGGAGCUUAUGUGGAAGGAGUUUAAAGGAAAUGAUGAGCACAGACGUUGGUUUUUGGACAUGAUUGUGGAGGUCACCGAUGCCAGAAUCCUGAAGUUCUUGGAGAGUAGGUUUGAUGCGGCAGAUGUGACUGCAACUGAGGCAGUAGAGACCCUUGUGUUGUCGAUCAACCAUCUCCGUCCUAUUCCUGAGCUGGUGGAGAUGGCUAAGAUGUUCUUCACAAUGCCCUUUUCUAAAUCCACCAUCUAUGUGUGGCACACUGUGGUGCUCACCUAUGGCUCUCUGGUGUACAAGCACUGUAACUAUUACACACCUUGUUCAGUGUCUGCUGUUCAGCCUCUGCUGGACCUGGCAACUGAAAGUCUGAGCACUGGCAACGAGGCAAACAUGGUCCUUGCUCUGAAAGCUCUGGGCAAUGCAGGCCACCCAAGCAGCAUCAAAACCAUCAUGCGCUUCCUCCCUGGAAUUGCUGCCACCCCCGUGGAUCUGCCGCCCAGUGUGCUGAGCGCCGCCGUGCAGUCUAUGAGACUGAUCGCUGCCAGAGACCCCCACAGUGUCCAAGACAUCACCAUGACUCUGUUCCUGCAAAAGGACAUUCCCACUGAGAUACGCAUGCUGGCCUUCAUAAUCCUGUUUGACACUAAGCCAUCUACAGCUCUGGUGUCCACAGUGACUGCACAUCUGCAGGAAGAGAAAGACCUCCAUCUUGUUAGCUUUGCAUACUCCUACUUGAAGAGCUUUGCCAGAUCAAGCACCCCUGAGAAUCUCUUCCUAUCAACUGCCUGCAAUGUUGCCGUGAAAAUCCUGGCCCCUAAAUUUGGUCGUCUCAGCUAUCACUACAGCAAAGCAUUGCGCGUGGACUGGUUCAAUGAUGAUUUCCUCAUCGGGACAGCCACUGAAAUCCUCAUGCUAAGGAGCACAACAAACACAUUUCCCACUGAAUUCAUGAUGAAAGGAAAAUUCUUUUUCAUUGGAAGAAUCCUGCAGCUUCUGGAGGUGGGGAUCCGUGCUGAAGGAAUUAAGGAGCUCUUCAGCGCUGGCAUCCCUGGUUUCACAGGAGAUCUUAGUUACAGUGACUUACAGGCUGUUUUAAAUGUGCUUCAAAACUGGGAAAUCCUGCCUGACGAUAAGACCAUUCUUUCUUCCUUCAUACGUGCUUCUGGACAAGAGUGGUUCUUUGCAGAUAUCAACAAGAAGCUCAUCCAGGACAUCAUUGGGGCUAUCAGUCCUUCUGCUGGGAAAGAAAGCCCCCUGUGGGGCAUGAUUGAAAAUCUUCAAAAAGGAGUGUCAUGGCAUCGGACAAAGCCUUUCUUAAUCUUUGAGGUUCGCUACUUCCAAGCUACUACCCUGGGCCUCCCUCUGGAGAUCAGCAAAUACUAUAUAACCACCAAUGGGAUCACUGUCAAUGCCAAAACCACACUAAACCCACCACCCACUGAACAUCUUGGACAGCUGUUGGCCUCUGAAAUUUCUCUGGAGACUGAUGGAUUUGCAGGCUGGACAAAGGACUUUUGGGUUUUCUAUGGCAUCAACACAGAGAUGUUCCAGUGUGGUACCGAGUUCAUAAGUAAAGUUCCCCUCGCCAUCCCUUGGAAUUUUGCUGCCAAGAUCAACAUGAGAGAAAAGAAAUUUGAACUUGACAUCCCUGUGUGCAAGAAAGAGAUAGAACUCUUUUCAGUCACCUCUAACGUGUACGCAAUCUCCAGAAACAUAGAGGAGCUAGCUUUGGCUAAGAUGACACCAAUAAUUCCUGAUGCCAAGGACUCCAAUAGUGAAGUCGUCAGAACAAACUCCACUAUUGUCGAGCCUGAAUCAGAGCAGUUUGAGACACCAAACGCAUGGCAUCCAACAACCAAAAUGUGUGCAGAGAGUAGCAUUUAUGGAACCGGUAUCUGCGUGGAAUCUGAGUUAAAGAGAGAGUAUUAUCAUGAGGAAUACCCACUGUACUAUUUUCUUGGAUACACCCAAAUGGCAAUGAAAGUAACCCCAGUCCAGGCAACCAAAGCUGUUGAAAAAAUCCACUUUGAGGUUAACGCCGGCUCGAGCAGACCUCCAGUGAGUGUUCGCCAACUGCUUGAGACUCUGAGGAGGCUUUCCAAGGAAGCCACCCAGCAAGUGAGUCUGUCCUCUGAUUCAGCCUCAAGCGCCAGAGGAUCUCAUAACAGCAAUCAUGACAGCGUAAUGCAAGUUUUGGACUCAAUACCGAGAGCUGUGUUCAAUAUCAAAGCCUUUGCCAUGGGUGGCAACCAGAAGCCUGAUGGCUAUGAUGCAUCCAUCUACUACACGCCUGAGGCAAACGCUCAGAACGCCCAGCUGAUCAUGUCCGAAGUUGGAGAAGACACUAACUGGAAGAUGUGUGUGGACACCAUCGUGCACGCCCAUGCUGAGGCCAAGGCACACAUCAGAUGGGGCGCUGAAUGUCAGUCCUAUGAAAUGUCAAUGAGAGGCAUUACCGCUCAUCUUCCCGGUUCCAAACCAACGCUCAAGGCCAAAGUACACUGGACCAGGAUCCCUGAAACCAUGGUAGAGAUCGGCAAAAGCAUUGGAAGCUACAUCCCAGGCAUGGCUUUCCUUCUCGGCUUCUCCGAGCAACAUGAGAGCAACGCGAAGGAGGAGGUUUCUGCAUCAGUUGUUGUUGCCUCAGCAGACAGCAUUGAUGUGAAGCUGAUAUUCCCAGAGUAUACAGUCUACCGCCAGGCUGUGCCGUUUCCUCUGCCUCCGUACAGCUUUCAGGGGCUGCAACAAGACAGGAACACAACAGCAUAAAACUUUGGAUGUGUAUAAAACAUAAAGACAACAAAGCCCAGAUGGGAGCCAGAUGCCUUGUUUCACAGUGAUAGCACAGCCACCAAAACCUCAGCACCAUGAUGAAAGUGAGGAUCAUAAAAGAUGCAUCAGUAAUCCGUCAGAUGUCACCAGUUUGGAAAUAACCAGAAAAGGUCCUGAUUUAUUCAUCUCAAAGGGUGUUAAUAUUUGAACACCCUCUUUUGAAGAAACAUUGUGUAAAAUCAUGCUUUGGCACCAACAUUUUGUUUCUUCAUAAUGCUGGAUUUACCAAGAACACAAGGCUUGUUGUACUGAUUCUGUCAGUAUAAAUCCUUUGUUCCUCCACAAUCAAAU